AUGGGCACAGUUGAUGAGGAUUCCUCAGGUUGGAAUAUAAUAUAUCCAACUUAUCUCGAUAAGGAUUGUACUACUAGUCAGGGCAGGAAGGUUAAUUUAUCAGUCGCAGUUUCUAAGCCAACCGUUGAUGAAAUUAAGAUCGUUUGCGAAAAAAUCAAUAUUCCAUACGUUGUUGAGGAGAAGAAGAGAUAUCCUAGGAAUUGGAUGGUCCCAGGUCGUGUUAGAGUAUGCCUGAAGGAUUUGCAAACUAAUGAAAGGACAAGAACAAAGAAACAACUAUUGAAUGAAAUCGCAUCUUUAAUAUCGCAAUUAAAAACCAGACAGCAACCUAAACAACCCGUACAAACUACUCCUGCCUCGAAAAAGAAAUCUACGAAAAAACGAAGAUAA